UGCCCUUUCCGAACCAUGCCGUCUCGGUGCCCUCUCCUGUGUCACCUAGCCAUGCUACUCUGUGUGUGGGCACUAUGCCAGGCCCAGUCGGACACCGAGCUUCCCCCUGGCACCCCCAUCAUCCAGCUGCGUCUGGCAGGGGACAAACGCAAGCACUACGAGGGCCGGGUGGAGGUCUACUACAAUGGCGAGUGGGGCACGGUGUGCGACGACGACUUCUCUAUCCAUGCGGCCAACAUAUUGUGCAGAGAGCUGGGCUACGUGGAGGCCGUGUCCUGGUCCCCGUCCUCCAAGUACGGCAAGGGAGAAGGUAAGGAACACAGAGGAGUAGGGGCUUAA